AAGGGAUAUUCCCAGGUAAUAAGAAGGGUACGUUUUUGAUGAGCUGUAUCAACAGUUGUCAGCUAUUGAGAAGCCGUUAUCACCCUAAAAACGUCGAGCAUGGGCUGGGAAGGCAGUUAUCGAAUGAAUACAGUCAUCUUAUACUCUUCUUUUCUCUAAUCUUUCUCCUCUAAUCUUCUUCUUCUUCUUCUCUCUACUACUCUGUUUUUCUACUGCCUAAGGGGUUGCUCCGUGACAUAUUUUCUGCUCUAUUUAGUUAUUUAUUGCUUCAAUUGUUUCCAGAUAGAAUGAAUCAAAUUUGACGUUAAGCGAAAUCCAAUAGUGGGUCUGAUUCAAUACUCUGAUAAAUACUUCGAUAAUGCUUACAAGUACAGCGUGGAUUUGAAAGGUUGCCCAAGAAACAGUCAUUUGGAUUAAGUCUUCUCUGAUCUCCAGCAGGUCAGCUCCACCACAUUUACCAUAAAAAAUUACAGUGAUUUGGAUUCUACAAUAUUCAGAAGAAAGGGGAAAAAAACCAAUGGAAGAGCCCCAUUCAGUGAAUAGUCCGAGGACAAUCCUCAGUUUUUCAAAAAGAGGGAGAACAACAACAGCCUCCGUCUCAUUUGUUGAUCCAAAUGACGAAAAAUCUAAUUCUGGGGAACAUGGUCCAAAGCCUUCCGAGGUUUAUGGCUUUGUUGGUUCCAUUACAACAGUUGUUGCUACAGCUAUUUACUUAGCAUGGGCAUAUAUUCCCGAACCUUGGUUACAUUCAAUCGGGAUCUUCUAUUAUCCUAGCAGAUAUUGGGCUUUGGCAGUUCCAACUUAUGCUAUGGUAAUAAUAGUAUUAGCUGUUAUAUUUUAUAUCGGCCUCAACUUCAUGUCAACCCCACCACCAACUUCAUUAACCACAAUGUUUGUCUAUUUUACACGUCUUUGUAGAUGAAUUUAGUAGGGAACCUUCAAGCUUUUUGUCUCAUAUGGAGGGAGAUGAACAGCCAAUUGAACCCAUAUCUGAUCUUGGGAUCGACAAGAUUAACGUUCUCAUGUUCGAAGAUGCUAAAUGAUACAUCCACUCUAGCUGUCCAUCUAUCCCGUCUCACCAUUAUUGGAUUUAGGGAAGGAAACCGAAUUAGUUGGCAAGUUUUGAAGAGAUUGGAAUGCAUAAAUUUUGAUUGUUCAAGGAAAAAAAAUAGGUUGUUUCUUUUUGUUAAUGUGAUUAUGAACAUAUUGACUAGGCAUAGAAAUAAUUUGUUUAUCACUUCAAACAAUUAGCAAUAAAAUUUUUGGCAAGAAAUUUUUUAA